CCCUCCACGGCCCCUCCCCUCCUCUCUCGUCCCCUCCCCUCCCCACUCUCCCUCCCACCCCAAGCUGCUCUUACAAACUCCUUUCUUACCAUAGGUUUCUCCCCUCCCGCCGACCAAGCGAGAGACAGGGCUGUGGCCCCCCUCCCCUCCCUUCCCUCCCUCCCUCCCAUCCCCCCCCUCCCCGAGACCCACUGGACCCCGAAGCCAGGGUGACACUUCCCAAGUCUCCUCAGUCCUGACCCCUGGCAUCAUGCAUCGAACCACACGGAUUAAAAUCACGGAGCUGAACCCCCACCUCAUGUGUGCCCUCUGUGGGGGCUAUUUCAUCGACGCCACCACCAUUGUGGAGUGCUUGCAUUCCUUCUGCAAAACCUGCAUCGUGCGCUACUUGGAGACCAACAAAUAUUGCCCCAUGUGUGACGUCCAGGUUCAUAAAACCCGACCACUCCUGAGCAUCAGGUCGGACAAAACCCUCCAGGACAUUGUCUACAAGUUGGUGCCUGGGCUUUUUAAAGAUGAGAUGAAACGGCGUCGGGACUUUUAUGCGGCAUACCCCCUGACGGAGGUCCCUAAUGGCUCCAACGAGGACCGCGGCGAGGUCCUAGAGCAGGAGAAGGGGGCUCUGGGCGAUGAUGAGAUUGUCAGUCUUUCCAUUGAGUUCUACGAAGGAGUCAGGGACCGAGAGGAGAAGAAGAGCCUCGUGGAGAAUGGGGAUGGGGACAAGGAGAAGACAGGGGUGCGCUUCCUGCGAUGCCCAGCAGCCAUGACUGUCAUGCACCUCGCAAAGUUUCUCCGCAACAAAAUGGACGUGCCCAGCAAGUACAAGGUGAAUGCCUGCACCUUCUCAGAAAUUGGGGGUCCAUCAGUGUGUCUGGUUGGUGGGCAUCCAUCCAUCACAUGGUUAUAUAGCUGGACCUGCAGGAACGGUCUUUUCUUAUUGCUGGCCUCUUCCUUUUCACCACAGAAUGGGCCUCUCCCCCUCAAGUACCGUGUCCAGCCAGCCUGCAAGCGGCUCACACUGCCCACAGUGCCCACUCCCUCAGAGGGUACCAACACCAGCGGGGCAUCAGAGUGUGAGUCUGUCAGCGACAAGGCUCCCAGCCCUGCCACCCUUCCGGCCACCUCCUCCUCCUUGCCCAGCCCUGCGACCCCAUCCCAUGGCUCUCCCAGCUCCCACGGCCCCCCAGCCACCCACCCUACCUCCCCCACUCCACCUUCGACCGCCUGUGGGACCACAGCUGCUACCAACGGGGGCACUUCGAACUGCCUGCAAACGCCAUCCUCCACCAGCAGGGGGCGCAAGAUGACUGUUAACGGAGCUACUUGUCCCCCUUAACUUGAGGAAAGGGACCCUCUCCCGCAGCAGCCACCUCUCCCCUUCCCUUCUACUUUUUCUGGUCCCCUUUUUCCACCUUUGACUUUCCUGGUUCCUCCCAUCUUCAGAGUGGGAGGUGGGUUUUAUAAAUAAAUCUAUCUAUCUAUAUAUAUAAAUAUAUAUAUGUACAUAGGAAAAACCAAAUAUACAUACUUAUUUUCUAUGGACCAACCAGAUUAAUUUAAAUGCCACAGGAAACAAACUGUAUGUGUGUGUAUGUGUGUGAGUGUUUGUGUCUAGGGGGUCUUCUGUAGUUUGCUCUUCUGGGGGGGGGGGUACCUGGUGGUCUUAAGAGGCCACUGGAAGUAUUAGAGCCCUUCCCUGUAUUUGUUCCGCUUCCCAGGGCAGAGGGCGUUUUGGGUCUCCUAUCUGACGAGAUAAUGGGGUCCACCUCUAAGCCCCCCCAUUGUUGAAUGUCCAGAGAAUUGCUAAGACAGUGCCUUUAAAAAGUGCGGUUUGUCCUCUGGCUGCGAGGAUCAAGUAGCCAUGGAGAAGGCAUCUCCCUCACCUCCUUGGACAGUGGGACCCUUGUGCAAAGAAUAAAUGGUUCUAUCUUUUUUAUCCCCCACCCCCUUCUUUUUUUUCUUUUUUCCUGUGUGUGGCCUUUGUGUCCAUCAUUUUUAUCUUUAUGGAGGAGAAGAUUCAGGCUGUGGGGAGACCCCAGCCCUGCAAAGUCUAUGGGUGACUUUCCUUCUGCCCUACCUUGACCCAGGAACCCCUACUAGCAAGACUGGAGGUAACACUUCACUGGGGGCCUAGAGUGAAGGGUUGGGGUGUGGAACCCCGGACAAGCACAGGCUUGAGUUCUGCCAAAGGCCAACAGCUUUCUAGUCCACUUUCCCUCCCCUAGCCCAGGCCAAGCGGGGACAGGACAGAGGCAUUAGAAGCACAAGGAAAUCAAGUGGAAGCCCACUCUACCUAGCGGACCACCUACUAGGGGCCGACCUUGCCUACCUGGUUUUCCUCAAGUGUACAUAAAUGAGGGGGAAGGUGGGGGGGAGGAGACCAGGGUAUUGGCUCGGGUAUGUGAGGUCCUGAGCCCGUGGGGUCUCUUUGCACCAUGUCCUGAGUCUGAGGUUCUGUGACUGUACCCACCUAUCCUGGGUCAUUUGUAUUUAUCUCUUGGUUUUGUAAUAAAUGCUGCAU